UUUGCACAUAGAGAGAGAGAGAGGUUUAGGAGUUGGAUUUAUUUCUUCUGCCAGCAGAGGAGAACUAAUGUACAUCACCUUUACCCAGCUGUUACUCAAAGAUGCCACUUUGGCCGAGGUCAUCUGCAAACUCUGUUAAGAUGUCGACCAAACUGAGCACCUGGACUCCUCUGAACCACCCGCUGUCCAACAGCAAGUUUGUCAGGUGGACUGACAGCCAGAGGAGGACGGUGCUGCAGGACUUUGUGUUGAGCUGUUCGGUGGAGCAGCUGAUGUUCCUGAGCCUUAGCGUGAGCCGACGGCUCCCCCUGCAGGCUGCAGACUUCACCUGCCUGCUGCCCAGAGCCCUCAGCCUCUACAUCUUCUCCUUCCUGGACCCACGCAGCCUCUGUCGGUGCGCCCGGGUGAGCUGGCACUGGAAGACCAUAGUGGAACUGGACCAGCUGUGGAUGCCAAAGUGUCUGAGGCUCGGCUGGUGCAUCAACUUCUCCCCCACACCGUUGGAGCAGGGGGUCUGGAAGAGACACUACAUCCAGACUGCGGAGGAACUGCGACUCACCUCGCUGCAGACUGCCUCUUCCCAGCCUCAGUUUGUGGUUCCACAUGUAUCAACCAUCAGGAGUACAAAUGAAGAUCUGUCAGAACUGGCCUUCCUCAGUGAGUGUCCAGCAUCCAGCACCCAGAGGCUUGGAAGCAUCUCCAGGACGGGAUUGAGAAAGGAGAAGAAGCUGACUGCACCGCCGCCAUGGAGAGAUUCUGACAGACGUCCAAAAGACACAUUACGCUUCAACUACUUGGAAAACCUGGACCCCAUUGAACAAGCCCUCAAAGUGCGGAUGAAAAGCAGAGCCUCCAUCUGCCGCAGUAACACGUGGAAGCCAGACGACGGGGGCAAGAAAACACUGUCUGAGGCGAAUUACGAAGUCCGCAAAGCCAAAUCACUGAUGUUCCUCAGCUCCAACACCAGACCCCAACAUCCUCCUCCUCAUCAUCAUCAUUAUGAGACCCAGUCUCGACCAUCUUGGGCGGCUCGCAGUCAUGACCACCCCGUCACCAAGGAGAUUGCCAACAGCAUGCUCCGCCUGACCCAGUGGAAUGCCGGGAUCCGUCCGGGACCGACGAGAUCGGCGGUUCCCCGGCUGAGUGCGGAGGCGCUCAGGGCGUCAACGCGCUCACACCGGAGCGUUCCCAGCACACCACUGUUUGAGGUUCCACCCAGGACCGUGCCUGCUUCACACACACGGGAUGCAGCGCAGCACCUACGCCAGGAAGGCGUCACAACAACUGCUUUAGAGCUGCACUCUUGAAGGUGUAGUUGAACAUAUUGUAUGUCCAUCAACUGCAAUGUCUUUGCAAGAUAUUGUGCAUUUAGAUGAUAACAGGCAUCAUAAACACUUUACAUGAAAUAUUUUUUUAUUAAUGCAGAUAUGACAUAAGGUCGUGUUCCUUUUCACCCUAAAGAACUUAACCCCCGCAGGGCUUUACACUUUUGAAUUAAAAGACACAUAUGGGAGAUAAACAAGCGCCCCCCCAACACACAGGAUGUAUCACAUAUCACAAAUAAGAAAUCCAAAGGAAACACAAGAACAAAUGUACCACCUUUAUUUUCCAAUCCACACAUCGAAUUCAAUAUGCAAUACAAAGCCAAAGCAAUUUAUAUAAACAAUUGAGUCUGAACUCCAAAAAUAUUAAACAAUAACUUGUCAGUUUAAGACGAACACACUGAUUUUGUCUCAGUAUUCAAAAACACCUUGCAUUCAGCACGCAGUAGCAUUUCUUGGGUAAAGAGAGAAGCUUUGUGUACAUCAAUCAAGACAGAAGAUGGGACCACUUCAGUCGGAUAUGAAAUAUCAGUAUCAUACGUACACCUCGCUUUCUUGUCCAUAGACAGUUUUCACUCAUUGCAUAUAAAACAUUGCAUUCAAAGUAUGACUCUCUCACACACACACACACACUAUAUAUUACUAAAUACAAGAUGAUCAAAAAAAUUAACA